AUGAUUACGACAAAAAAUUAGCAGAGUUGUAUUCCUCUUAAAUCGAAUAUAUUCCUGCCUAAAAAGCAACAUCCUCAAGAUGAAAGAGGUAAAAAAAUAGACCUUGGUGCACCACUCACUCAGACUUUCAUCUUUUCUCAUAAUUAAAAAAAUAUGCCAAGAAUUAUUAAAGAAACUUACAUUCCUGAGGAGCAUAAAAUAGAACAUGAAGAAUAGCUAAAAAAUUAGAUAAAAGUAGUCCGUACAGAAGACGAAGAGAGAAUGAAAAUUUAAGAUGAUUAUGAUUUUGAAAAUAGAAUUAGACUCUUAAUUGAGAAAUAUAACUCUGAAUAAAGAGAUGCAUUUGAUAUUGCUAAUGCUUUAACAGAAGAAAUCGUAAAAUAUAAAGAAAUGAAGAUGAAGACUCUACAUAAUAAUAGAUAAUCAGCCAGAAAUAGAGUAAUAGAAAAAGUAACUAGAGAUGAACAAAAGGAAGAGGAGGAUAAUAAAAAAAAUAGAGUUGAAGUCAAGAGAUUGUAUAGAUAAAUCAAAGAAGUAGUGCAUCACAUUCUUGAAGGAGGUGGAGAAGCUAAAUACAAGAGAUAUUAAUAGAGUAUUGAAAGUAAGGAACACAUCACUUUAGAUUAUAUAAAGUAGAAACAAAAAACAGUAGAAGAAAUCAAAGCAGCCACUGAAAUAAAUCAGCUUGUGAGGUAAUUCUUAAGUAAGAAAACUGAAGAAUUAGAUGUUUUUAGACAGUUACAUGGAGAAGAAUUUUUAACUGACCCUAGUAUACUUAAAGAUAUGUCUGAAAGUUAGGGAGAAAGUGCUUCUGUUGCUUCAGAUAAGCUCAGUAAGGUUUAAGAAGAAUUAAAACAAUCUGAAGAAGACCAAAAGCUAAACAAAUUUUAUAAUUUAACUGAUCUAAAGGUAUAAUGGGGAGCAAAGAGCGAAUAUGAAGUCAAGGAAAAUAUAAGAAGAAUUUUGACACGUGAAGUUCUCAAAGAUGCUGAAAGAGCUAAAGUAAAACAAGAGAUUGAAGAAGAAGAGAUCAAAUAAAGAUUGAUAAAAACAGAUCCUCGUUUUGCAAGGAUGUUUAGAGAAUAGUAAAAGAAAAAAUAGGAAUAAUUAAGAUAAGAAUAAGAAGAAAGAGAGAAGAAGGAAAGAAUUAAACAAGAGAAAAUAAAAGCAUAGUUGAAAAAGAGAGAAUAGUAAGAACUAGAGCAAUAAAAAUUAACUCAAACUUUGAGGUCAAAAAAACCUGCUCCUAAAUAACCAAAAAAUCCAAAAAGAGAAGCAGAAAAUAGGGUGAGAAGAGAUUUCUUUGACACUGCUCAUGGUGUAGGACUUGUAUACGGAGAUGUUUUCCAAAGAACUAAAAAUUUUGGAGAUUUGUUUUAGACCAAGGCAAAGGAAUUCUAUAAUUAAAAUUCUUUUGGAUAUCCUAAUUAAUAACAAUCAUAAUAUUAAUAAUCCACUGUAGACACAUUUGAUGGAUAAUCACGUUUCUCUUAAAUGGAAAAGAUUUUUAUUACUAGAAUUAUUCCUAUUUAAGAAAAAUAAUAACGUUACUUUUUGAGUCAAUAUUUGUAGACAGACAGAUCACUAUUUAUAGUUCAAAUUUAUGCAAAUACAGCAAGCAGCAAUAAGGCAAAUUUAGAAAAGGAAGACGAACUUAUUUAUGAAGCAAUCAAAAAAUAUGAAAAUGAUGCUUUGGAAAACAACAAAUUAACCAUUUGCACAAAUGCAAUACAUAAGUUUAUGAGUGACAAAGAAGACAGAAUUAGAAUGAGACUGGAAAACGAAUAAAUCUAAAAUAGAGAAACUAUAUUAUCAAAACUCUACUUCUCCAGAAUUGAAUAAUGUCUUAACAAACUAAGAAAAGAAUAUCCAGAUAGCUACAUAACUCUAUCUUUUAUAGAUGACAUCAAGUGGGAUGAUUAUUUGAAUAUUGAUAUUUAGAACUUAAAGUAAUAUAUAUAGCCUUUAACUUAGAAUGAAAUUAUUGUAUAGAAGUCUAUAGAGAAAGUCAUAGAAGAACCUAUAUUGGAAAGAGAUACUCUUUUAACUCUAUUUGGUUUUAAAUUAAAAUAUUUUCAUAUGCCAUACGUCGGUAUUCUAGUUGCAAUUUUACUUAUAGUUUAUGCUAUAACCAUAGCCUUUAAAGAGUUUAUUUUCAAUUCUGAUUAAAAAGUAAGAAAAAAUGCUCAUAAAAUUAAAGAAUUUAAAAAAAAAUAAUGA